AUGAAAGCAGAAACUUUAAUUUUAACUUUCAAUGGUAAAAAAAUCAGCAUAACUAAAAAACUUAUUGAUGAAUACAAAUAUUGUAAAGUCAGAGACGAUAUAGAUUUAGAAAGAAUUGACGCGAACGCAAAAGAAGGUGGAUUUUUACCUUUCCUUCUACCUUUAAUAGUUGGUGGUAUUGCAGCGGCGGGUGAAGCAACUGGAGGAAUAUCUGCCGCAGUUAAAGCUGCCAACGCAAAGAAAGCAACUGAUGCUAAAGCCGCUGAAGAACGCAGACAUAAUUUAGCAAUAGAAAAGGAAGCACGAGAUGAAGAAGAGGCAUUAGAUGAUUAUGCAGACGAUUAUACACCAAUCAUACAAGAAAUAGACAAUUUCGAUGAUAUGGUGGCAUCUGGACAAGGUAUAACGUUUUUAUCCGACAACAACGAGGAACUACUUAAUAGAUUACGUGUAAUAUUAGCGGCAAUGAAGGAAGAAAAUCGAUCGCACAGACAAUAUAAUGAAGCGAAUUGUAUAUUAAAAGGACUCCUAGAAAAAGGUCAAAUAGAUAAAAAUGAUUAUAAAAGCGUGAUUAAAAAUGUCAAAUAA